CUCUGGUUGCGGUUUGGAAAUCUGCGCGGGAAGUGGGCGGUAGGCGGUAGUGGGUUGUCCCUUGGAGCUGCCCAAUCGCGGUGCUCUAUUCUGUAGGCUCAAGGCGGCCUCGGAUUAUCUUUUACCUUAACUGGUACCAGUCCCCUGCGAGUAGCCUCCUGUUUGAGCUCUGAGGGGCAGGGUGGGGCGACCUUUCGAAUGUGCCUGUGCUCUGGGAGCUUCAUCUAUCAGCGCACAGCAGGCUGUGAAAGACAUCUACAAGAACCAAUCAGCGAUUCGACUCACUUCCGGACACGCACUCGCGCCACCUAGGUCGCGGCCGUUACUGGUGGCGCGCGCGGCGACUUAAAGUAGACCAUGGAAGACACCCAGGCCAUCGACUGGGAUGUUGAAGAAGAGGAGGAGACAGAGCAAUCUAGUGAAUCCUUGGGAUGUAUCUUGGAGCCUGUAGGACGACUGCAUGUCUUCAGUGGUGCCCACGGACCAGAAAAAGAUUUUCCACUAUUCCUUGGGAAGAAUGUGAUAGGCCGACUGCCUGACUGCUCUGUGGCCUUGCCCUUUGCAUCCAUCUCCAAACAACAUGCAGUAAUUGAAAUCUCAGCUUGGAACAAGGCGCCUGUCCUCCAGGAUUGUGGGAGCCUCAAUGGUACUCAAAUCUUGAGGCCUCCUAAGGUCCUGAGCCCUGGUAUGAAUCACCGGCUCAGGGAUCAGGAAUUGAUCCUCUUUGCUGAUUUACCCUGCCAGUACCAUUGCCUGGAUGUCCGCCCACCCGGUGUUUCCCGGGGUCACUUAACUGUAGAGGAGACCCCCAGGGUACAGGAAGGAACUCAGCCUUCCAGACUUCCCUUGGCUGAAGACUCAGAGGAGGAAGUAGAUUUCUCAAAAGGGUGUGUGGUGAAAGAAUCAAGGACUACAUCCUCCCCUUUGGCAAUGGUAGUUCCAGAAAGUGAUGAAGAGGGGCCUUCUCUGGCCCCAGGUGACUCUCUUGCCUUCAACUUGGACAGUGACACAGAUGAGGAAGAUGGUCAGCAACCAGCAGCCAGGGAGGCCUCUUCAGCUGCCAGAAAAGGUGCUGCAGUAGAGGCAGAGCAUCCUGAAGCCAAUGGAAUGAGAACCGAUAGCUGGCUAGGAGAAGCUCAGCCUUCAUUGGAAAGCUGCAAGGACACAAAAGUCAAGAGGGGUAAAGGGAAUAGGAUAGUAUCAGUUGAGGUGAUUUUGGAGAGAAGUCAAUCUCCUGGGGACAACAGUGACACAGAUGUGGAUGAAGAGAACAGGCUUCCUGGUGAGCCAGCUGAGGCCCAUUUGGAAAGGAUCCAGCCUUCUGGCUUCUUAGACAGUGAUACUGAUGUGGAAGAAGAGGGAAUCCCUGCAACCCCAGCUGUAGUGCCUAUGAAGAAGAGGCAAGGCUUCCAUGGAUUUGGUACAAGAAAUCCUGGAACACUUGGAUUGGCACAUCUUCAGGAGAGCCCAGCUGGAAGUGAUACAAAUAUGGAGGAGGAUGAGGCCCCACUGACUGGCCCUCUGGAGAGAAGCCAAACUUCUAUGGUGAUUGACAGUGAUACAGAUGAUGAAGAAGAAGUCUCAGCAGCACUCACUUUAGCACGUCUGAAAGAGAGUGGAGCUAUUUUAUGGAACAGAAAUGCAGAUAUUGAAAAGGACAGGGCCCAAUCUGUGCUACUUCAGGAGAAAAGCCUAACCACCUCUGGGAGAGAUAGUGACACUGACAUGGAGGAGGAGCUCCCAGUGGAAAAGAGAGAAACUGUCCUUAAUGGUCAUAGAGACAAAGAAGAAACCCGUAUUACAGCACAUUCAGAAAAGGGACAGCCUCCCCUUGGAGAUAGUGAUGUAGGUAAUGAAGCAGAUAUGAGCUCAUCAGGGAUCUUUCUGGAGAAAAGCCAAGUCUCCUCUACCAUGCGGGACGUCAACAUAGAAGUGAAGCAGGAAGUCCCAUCAGGGCCAACUGUUACAUGUUGCGGAAAGCAUCAGGUGUCUGUGGAGGGGACAAAUCAAAGAGAUAGGGAAGCCAACGGGGGCCCAGCAAAGCUGCCUGUAAUGCCUCUAGAGGCAGUCCAGCCUUCUGAUGAGGAAGGUGAAACAGAUAUGGAGGUUGGCAUGUCUUCAGCUGUGGCAGAUAUAAGAAAGAGCCAGCUUCUGGCAGAAGGGGACGCUGGGACAGAGAGGGCUACAGCUGUACUUGAGUCAGAGGGCACUCUCAAAGAGAGGGCCUAUGGUGGAUCACUUAUGGCACAGAUACAGCAGAUGGUGGUGCACACAGGUGCUCCAGGGGAACCCCUCCAGCCACAGAGAGAGGAAUCCCAGACCCUUACAGGAAGGGAGAAAAAACUACACAUUGGCGAGACCAAGGACUCCAAAGACAGUCAUGAUGAUUCUGAAGAUCUGGACCUUCAAGCUACCCAGUGCUUUGUGGAGAGGGAAAGUCAGAACCUCGAUGGUGCCCUGGAUGAGCCAUGGGAAGUCUUGGCUACACAGCCAUUCUGUCCAAGAGAGUCUGAGGCCGCUGAACCCCAGCUCAUUGCCACCCACCUUGAGGCCAAUGGAUCUUGCCUGUCUCCACCUAGGGCAACACCACAAGACCAACAUCCAGAGAGCCCAGUUCACACAGAGCCAUUGGGAACUCAAGGCAUAGAGAUACAGACUGUGGAGAAAGACAUGGGUACACUAAAAGAAACAGAGAGGGUGAACCCUGAGAGAGGGCCACUGGAAAGGGAAAUCAGGGAAGGGCCCCCAGAAGGAGAGAGAAAAGAUGUGAUGGGGGAGGAAGAAAGAACUAAAGGGAUACAGGACAGACAGCAAAAACAGGCUUUAGCUAGAGACACUCAGAGACCAGAGUCUGAUAAAAAGGUGAAAAGCAUGAGUCCUGAAAGGCAUAGGGAGAACUUGAAGGUAGAAAUGGAGAUAUCUGAGGAAACAGAAGAAACAGAGAUAGAGAAGCAGACCCUCACAAGAGAAAUAUUUGAGAAAGUAGUAGAAAAACCAGUACCCGAGAGAGUAUGUGAAGCAACUGAGUUAGAAGUGAACUUGGAGAGAGGGGAGAUAGAGGGAGGGAUCCAGAACCAGAAAGGGCAGGCUGCCAGUCCAACACUAGAGCCUAGAGUCGGGGCAGGGGAACUUCAGGGACUUGCUUCAGCCCCUGUAGUUUCUGGGAACCAGUCAGGUGGAGGAAGGGGAACCCCGGUGAGCCCCAGGAGGCAGCAGAGAGGCCACUUGAAUUGCAAGAUGCUACCUGCUGAGACAACUUCUAGGGGUGAUCCGGAAUCCCCAGAUGUUUGCCUGCCUGCUACAAUGCCUGAAGCCUCAGCCCUACCCCCCAACUCCUUUAUCUCUCAGAGCCAAAAACAUCCUGCACUUCAGUCCCUUCUUUCUCCCCAUUCAUCAUCUUCUGAGCCACCCAUUCCUAGGACCAGGCACAAAGGGAGUCAGGAAACACCAGAGCCUCCCCUGCCUACAGAGCUGGAACCUUUCCACUCAAAGCCCGGUGUCAGGCCCCGGCGCUCCUCCAGGAUGACACCCUCUCCACUUUCUUCUGCUGCCCUUGAGCUCCACUCUGUUGCUCCCACAGCCCAGCCUGCCAUCCCUAAGUCCACAUCUCAGGCCACUAAGAGAAGGACACACAGGUCCUCUGUCAAGACCCCAGAACUUCAGCUUUCUACUCCUACAGGCCAACCCAUUACCCCCACACCUAUAUCUCGAGUCACUCGGGUCAAGACAAAUAGGUCCUCUGUCAAGACCCCUGAAUCAGUUGUCCACACAGCCCCUGAGCCCCAGCCUUCCAUCUCCACAGACCAGCCAGACACUUCUAAGCUCACAUCCCGAGUCACUCGGGGCAGGACACUUAGGUCCUCUGUCAACACACCUGAACCAGUGUUCCCCAUAGCUCCUGAAUUUCAGUCUUCUGUUUCCACAGACCAGCCUGUCGAUCUCAAGCCCACAUCCCGAAUAACUCGGGGAAGGACACAUAGGUCCUCUGUCAAGACCCCUGAACCAGUUUUUCCUGUAACCCCUGAACUACGGGCUUCCACUCCCACAGAACAACUGUUCACCCCCAAGUCCACAUUUGUAGACUCUCAGGGCAGGACACAUAGGUCCUCUGUCAACACAUCUGAAGCAAUUUUACCCACAGACUCUGAGCUCCAGCCUUCCACUUCCACAGACCAGCCUGUCAUUCCCCAGCCCACAUCCCGAGUCACUCGGGGCAGGACACACAGGACCUCUGUCAAGACCUCUGAACCAAUUUUAUUCACAGGCCCCAAACUCCAGCCUUCCACCUCCACAGUGCAGCCUGUCACCCCCAACCCCACAUCCCGAGUCACUCGGGGCAGGACACAUAGGUCCUCUGUCAAGACCCCUGAACCAAUUGUACCUACAGCCCCUGAGCUCCAGCCUUCCACCUCCACAGAGCAGCCUGUCACCCCCAAACGCACAUCUUGGGCCACUCAGGGCAGGACACAUAGGUCCUCUGUCAAGUCCCCUGAAGUAGUUGUCACCAUGGCCUCUGAACUCCAGGCUUCUUCUCCCAUAGACCGGUCUAUCCCCCGCAAACCCACACCUAGAAUCAGUCGGGGCAGAACACGUAAGUCUGUUGAGACGCCUGAACCAGUUGAACCAUCGGCCCCUGAUCUUGAGCCUCCCAGCUCCACACACCAGCCUGUCACUUCUAAGGUUAUACAUCAGAGUGGAGCACUAGAGUCUUCAACACUGAGUGAUGCCACACUUCCUGUCACUCCUGAAUUCCAUCCUCCUGUUACUACAGACCAGCCUGUUCCCUUUGAGUCCACUCCUCAAACCAGUUGCACCAGGAGACAGAGAGCUGCUGGGAAGCAUGGCUCCCUCACACCUCUCAUUGUCCACAAACCUAGCUCUGCACCCCCUGAACCUAAAUCCCGAUCCUCAAGGAACCAAAGAGCAGGGGCACAGAGAGAAACUGAGGGCCUUGGGACCAUUCCUGAGCCUGCCUUUCCCCAGCUUCCUGAGGCACCCACUCAUGCUUCCCAGAUCCAAAAGGUGGAAACAGCAGGGAGAUCUGGGUUCACCCCAGAGCCCCCACCUAAGACCUCUCAAAGCCGCAAGAGACCUUCCACUACCAUGGAUUCACCCCCACUUCAAAAACGGCCCCAAAGAGGGGAAGUCUCCCAGGAGACAGCAUUCCCCAAGGAGGAGGAAGAUGCCCAGGAGAGGCCAGUAAAGGAAGAGGACAUAGAGAUUCCAGAACCAGACAAGAGAAAGAGAGACCAGGCAGAGGAGGAGCCCAAGGGAAUACCAAGCCGAAGCCUCCGACGGACCAAACCUAACCAAGAAUCAGCCGCACCUAAAGUACUCUUCACAGGAGUUGUGGAUGCUCGUGGGGAGCGGGCAGUGCUAGCAUUGGGGGGGAGUCUGGCCAGCUCAGUGGCAGAGGCCUCCCACCUGGUUACUGAUCGAAUCCGCCGGACAGUCAAGUUCUUAUGUGCCCUAGGAAAGGGGAUCCCCAUCCUGUCCCUGGACUGGCUACAUCAGUCCCGCAAGGCUGGUUGCUUCUUGCCUCCAGAUCAAUAUGUGGUGACUGAUCCUGAACAAGAGAAGAAUUUUGGCUUCAAUCUUCGGGAUGCCCUGCACCGGGCUCGGGAGCGAAGGCUGCUGGAGGGCUAUGAGAUUCAUGUGACCCCUGGAGUCCAGCCACCACCAUCUCAGAUGGGAGAGAUCAUCAGCUGCUGUGGAGGCACUGUCCUAUCCAGCAUGCCCCGGUCCUAUAAGCCUCAAAGAGUUGUGAUCACAUGCCCUCAGGACUUCCCACGAUGUUCCAUUCCAUCUCGAGUUGGGCUGCCCCUCCUCUCUCCUGAGUUCCUACUGACAGGAGUGCUGAAGCAGGAAGCCAAGCCAGAGGCCUUUGUCCUCUCCACUUUGGAAAUGCGUUCCACCUGAAAACUCCAGUACUCUUUUCCCUACCAGAUCAGUAAAGUUUUCUAGAAAAAAAUUUGUAAAAAAGAACUCAGGGCUUUAGAAAGCACUGGGGUGUAUUGAUAUGACAUGAUGGAAAUGGGUGGAACCAGAAGGGUUUAUGGGAAAACAGAAAGAUAGGGAGAUUUGGACCCACAGAUUUUCUGAAAUGGCCAUUUUAAAAUUGGCCAAUCCUGGGAUAGGAGUGUAGCUCAGUGGUAAAGCACUUGCCUAGCAUGCAUGAGACCCUGGGUUUGAGCUCCAGCUUACCCCAAAACAACAAAAAAUGGACUAAUCCCAUGUUCAGAUAUCUUAAUCGAUGCUUGUCUUUAGCCACACUGAUGUAAUUAUUACUCCAUGGCACACCCUCCUCUCCUACUUAGAAGCCAUCUCUCUUCUUUUCUUUCUGGAAUUCUUACUUGUCCUCAAAAAAUAGUGAAAACAACUUUGGCAUUAGGAACUUGAAGGGAUACUUGGAGUGAGUGGAUGUGAGGGUGGAAUUAUGGAAUGGUACUAAAAUAUUUUUCUCUCUCUCUCAUCCCACCUGUUUAAGAGCAUCCUUAGCUUUGACUUUGAGCAACUCUCUGCACUUUUCUGGCCUGCUUUUACAGUAUUUAUAAAAUUAGACCUUUGGCCUGAUCUCUGUGAUCAAUAAAUAUUCACUCUGUGCCUUA